CCACAGUGGCACAGUGACUUUUGGCGUGUGUUCAGACAGACUUCAGCCAUGACUCUGUCCAGGACCCUGGAGCUGUCCCAGAGACACGCCGCUCUGGCUCUGGAGGAGGACGAGAUUGACAUUGUGGGUGAGGACGACCCCGUCACCGGACACUUUUAUCCCAGCAGCGACCCGGGCUCCUCCGCGGAGUCCGGGCCUGAGUUUGACUCGUUGGAGGCCGAGUCCUCAGGGGAGAGCGAGGGCAGCUUCUGCGCAGGCGCAGCCCUGAAGGCUCAGGGCAGCGCUGUGAAGCCACCGUACUCUUACAUCGCGCUCAUCACAAUGGCCAUCCUUCAGAGCCCGCACAAGAAGCUCACCCUGAGCGGCAUCUGUGAAUUUAUCAGUGGCAAGUUCCCCUAUUAUCGCGAGAAGUUCCCCGCCUGGCAGAACUCCAUCAGACACAACCUCUCGCUCAACGACUGUUUCAUCAAGAUCCCACGAGAGCCAGGAAACCCGGGCAAAGGUAAUUACUGGUCUUUAGACCCGGCCUCUGAGGACAUGUUUGACAACGGCAGUUUCCUCCGCCGCAGGAAGCGUUUCAAGCGACACCAGCCCAAAGACGGACUCAUGUACUUCCCCGGAUACCGACCUUAUCCACAGUACUACGUGCAGCGCCAGAGCCCGCCUGCAUUGCCCUUUCCCGACAUGGGUAUACUGGAGGGGAGCCUGAUGCCCGCGUCAUACCCGCUUCUGCCUCAGUCUUUUGGUAAAACCAGCGUCGCUCACUCGGACUUCAGGCUGGAUUUUAAAAGUGCGCUUUCAAAACCAGUCAAGUCUGCGCCGCGUCCCAAGUGCUCGUUCAGCAUCGACAGCAUCAUGAGCAGGUCCGCCUCCAACAGCAAUCCACCGAGGCCGAGCCAGACACUUCCGCAGAGCGCACACGGUUAUGCACAGCUCGUACCCGGAGCUGCGUCAUACAUGAUGCCCGUGCUGGUGCCCAGAACCCUGUUAUGCCCAGCGCCGAUGCUGGCCACGGCUUCUCUGAUGGCUGACCCCCUGGGCUAUCAUCGCUGCUAA